UGUGCGCUGCCAGACGGCUUAGUCAACAUUGAAAUAGUAAGCGCAAGACAAUUACCAGAAUUAUGGAAUCAUCUGCUCCCAAAAAAAUGGAAAAUUGCCGAAAGUCAAUUUAAACCGGAAUGGGAACUCUCCUACUUUCUUGUGCGUUGCGACGAUAAAGCCAAAUGUCUAAUCUUCGGUACACUAAUUACUUGUGUCAGAAAAUCGUCUACUGAAAGUCACUACAGCAAAUUGCAUUCAGGAAAGUAUAGUGAUGUAACAGGGGAUGCCAGAGAGGAAGAAUUACGGAAGUUGCAAACUCUCGCAGAAGAGAAGUCUGUAUCUACAAACGAGGUUUGUUGCAAGUACUUUAACAUGUAUAUUUUGGUUAAAGGUCAUGCGAAACGAAGUAACAUUUGUUUAGAUUCCUUAGUUUUCGUUUUCGCAUAAAUUAUUUGUAACAUAUCUUUUUUUCUCUACUUUAGGGUGAAGAAGAUGAGGGGUGUUGCGAAAGGUCUCUCAGAGCUAGUUACAAUGUUGCUCUACGUUUAGCAAGACUGGGAGGCCAUUUAUGGAUGGGCCAUUAAUAAAAAACAUUAUGUUGGACGUAGUAGAGACAAUGAAUCCCACAUUAGCUCCCACGUACAGCAGAAUACAACUUUCCAGAAUGACAAUAGAUCGGAGAAUCAACGACAUUGCUGAGAAUUUGCAUGAACAACUGGCAGCCAAAACUGAAAACUUCCUAGCGUACUCCAUCGCACUUGACGAGUCCACGGGUAUUAACGACAUGGCUCAGUUAGCAAUAUUUUUGCGUGGCGUGGACGGCGACAUACAUGUAACGGAAGAGCUCCUGGAUACGAUUUCGUUGAAGGACACUGUUACAAGGGUGGAUAUUUUAGCAGCUGUUGAAAUGGCAGCUGAAGGAAUAGGACUCCCUUGGGAAAAGCUGUUUUCCGUAACCACAGACGGGGCACCAGCAAUGUGCGGUGAAGCAAAAGGGUUUAUUGGCCUACUGCGGAAAAAAGUAACAUGCCGAAUUUACCUUCCGUUCAUUGUUUUGCACACCAAGAGGCUAUUUGUGAGAACGUUAUCGGUCUUAGAUGUGAUGAAGAUAGUGGUGCGUAUCGUGAACUACAUUCGUUCUCAUGGACUCACUCAUCGUCAAUUCAAAGAAUUUUUUAUUUCCUUUAAAUAGGAGUAUCCAGAUAUUCCCUACAACGCUGAGGUGCGCUGGCUGAGCAAAGGGAAAGUAAUUUCCCGAAUUUUUCGAUUACGCCACACUGUGGCUCAGUUUUUGGAGAGCAAAGGACAUCCGGAGCCACUUUUUCAUGACCCUGAAUGGGUAGCUGAUUUAAGAUUUUUAGCAGACAUUAUGGCUCACUUAAAUGAUUUAAGUCUGAAACUCCAAAAAGAAAACAAUCUCAUCAACGAUAUGAUCAGCAAAAUAAACGCUUUCCAGUAUAAACUGAAGCUCCUCAAAAACGACCUUUCAGUGAAAAAUACGCAACACUUUCCUGAACUAGCAUCUGUGCAGGAAGGAGCGCACUUUGAAAAAUACGUCGAGGUGCUACAAUCCCUCGAAAAUGCGUUUAACGACCGAUUCCAGGAAAUUACCUACCUGCAGCCAAUUCUCGAUGUUUUUGUGAAACCUUUUUCGACGGAUAUUGAAAGUGCGCCUUCAGAUUUACAUUUCUGAACUAAUCGAUUUGCAAAGCGAUGUUCACCGAAAGGAUGUGUUUUACAAUACAAAAGGUUUGCUCCAAUUCUACCAGAAUUUGCCGAAGGAAGAAUUUCCUAAGUUACACAGGGAAGCAGCGAAGAUUAUUUCUAUGUUUGGUUCCACUUGUGUAUGUGAAAGGUUUUUUUCUGUUUUGUCUUGUACAAAAACUAGAUUGCGUGCGAGUAUUUCUAAUUGUAAUUUGAAAAAUUCUCUCUGAAUUGCUGUCAGCCAAUCUCUCGUUCCAGAUCU